AUGAUCGAGUUUGACCCCCGCGCAGACAUUACUCUCAAGGUCGGCAGGGAGAAGAAACUCUUUUCGGCCUGCUCCCGUGCGCUUUCGAGGGCGUCACCCGUGUUUGAGCGCAUGCUGUACGGACAUUUCACCGAGAGCAAAACCCGACUUGCCGAAGGCGAGGAAUGGGUCGUGGAAUUACCAGAAGACGAUUCAGCACCGAUGGAGGUCUUUCUAAACAUUUCUCACUCUCAUUUCGGCAGGGUGCCGAGGAGGAUGCCGCUGGAUGAGCUUUACGAUCUGGCGGUGCUGUCGAAUUACUAUGACUCCACGAGGUUGCUCGAGCCGUGGAUUAACGGGUGGAUGGCGUCGAUUGAAGUUAGAGAUUCGAGUGUGAGCAUGGCAAAGGCUCUCUGGGUUUCGUGGGAGUUUGGACGCAAGGAGGCUUUCUCGAGGAUGGCGCUGAGGAUGUUGAUGGAGUCGGAUAUGGGGAGGACGGCCGAGGAUGAGUUUGACAAGCUCAAGAUGCCGCCUGAUAUCAUUGAAAGAAUCUCGGCGAUCCGACUCCAGACGAUACAAGCUCUCCUAGGGGUGCUCCGCGACAUGGUGGAAAACCUGCUCGUGGUGGACGAAAAGCCGCGAUGGUGCCGGCACGCAGAGUGGAUGGGCCCGCACCGCUGCGAGUCCAUGAUCCUCGGGUCCAUGACCUUUUGUCUCGCCCGGGCGGGCCUCUGGCCCCUCCCCUCAGCCGACGAGGUGACAGACAGCAUCGUCGGCCUGCACCGCAAGAUGACAGGACUGGUGAUCCACGACAUUGGACACGUCGGGGGGAAACCUUCCCUGGAUCAUCAGCUUUGUAAUCCGGGGCCGCUUCUCAUGGGGCAGAUUGAGGAGAUUUUUAAGGAUGUUGCGAGUCCGGUUACAAAGUUUCAUUUGGAUAGGAUGGAUGAGCAGGCGAAACGGUUGACCUCAUGA